AUGGAAAAGUGCUCUGUAGGAAUUGCUUCAAUUCAGAAGGGAGACAAGUUUAGUAAAAUGCAAUGUCCUAAAAAUGAAUUGGGGCGUAAGGAAAUGGAAAGAAUUCCAUAUGCAUCAGUGGUUGGGAGUUUGAACUAUGUUCAAACAUGUACGCGGCCGGAUAUCACCUUUGCAGUUGGUAUGUUGGGUCGAUAUCAAAGUAAUCCCGGAAUGGAUCACUGGAAGGCUGCAAAGAAAGUCCUCAGGUACUUGCAAGGCACCAAAGAGCACAUGCUUACGUAUAGAAGAUCUGAUCAUCUAGAGGUCAUUAGAUAUUCAGAUUCAGACUAUGCCGGGUGCGUUGAUAGUAGGAAAUCAAUGUUUGGCUAUUUGUUCCUUUUAGCCAAUGGAGCAGUAUCAUAG